AUGGUUGGCUCAGAGACUGCGACAGAGAGCUCUGUGGAGUGGUGGCCCAUGAUCGGUCUGAAAAAUCUGCUUUCGCACACUUUGAAAUCAUCCAAUUGUGUCCCGCAACAUAUCGGAUUCAUUAUGGACGGUAAUCGGAGAUACGCGAGGAAAACGGGCCAGGCUGUGAGGGCGGGCCACGAGGCUGGGUUUGUCAGUAUGAGUAAAAUACUUGAACUUUGCUACGAGUCUGGUGUUAACACGGCAACCGUGUUUGCUUUCUCGAUUGAAAACUUCAAAAGAAGCGAGCAUGAGGUGAAAGCUUUGAUGGAGUUGGCUAAGGAGAGGAUCAGACAGCUGACGGAACAUGGAGAACUGGCUCACAAGUACGAUAUAAGGAUCAGAGUUAUCGGAGAAAUAUCUCUGCUGGAUGAAGAUCUUUUGGAAGAGCUUUUGAAGACCACGGAGAUGACCAAAAAUAAUAAAAGGGCAGUGCUUAACAUCUGUUUCCCGUACACCGGGAGGGAAGAAAUUCUUCAUUCCAUCAAAAAUAUCAUCUCAGAGGGCAUCGACAGUAAGUCUAUCGACGAGAGUGUCGUAGAGUCCCAUCUUUAUACUGGUGGGCUGCCACCUUUAGAUCUUCUGAUACGAACGAGCGGUGUUUCCAGAUUGAGCGACUUUAUGCUAUGGCAAUCUUGCCGUAAAAGCACUGUCAUCGAAAUGGUCGAUUGUUUAUGGCCUGAAUUCGGUCCUGCUAGAAUAGCUUGGAUCCUCUUAAAAUUCGCUUUCAAAAAAUCGUUUUCUAGUAAUACCACGUCCUUAGAAGAUGAGGAUGAGGAUGAGGAGCAACUAGAUGAAGCAAAAGAUGGUAGUAACAGAUUUGAAAGUAGUAAAAGUUUUGAGAACGAUUUCAAAUACGCAAACAAGAUGGAAAAAUUUCAAUGA